GCCUUAGCUCUGCUUUUGGUGGGGCGCUGGCUCAGACUAGGCUGCUCGCCGCUGUCGCUCCCGGGCUGCGGGAUGACACCGCCUCCGCCCGGAUGCGCCUCCCUCGGCGCCCAGAGCACCCGCGUCCCCGGCCCGCUGGCUCGGUCCUGGCUCCCGCUGCGGCUGCUGCUGCUGCUGCUGCUGCUCUGGACGGCCGCUGCCACCCAAGGCCACCCAAAGAGCGGACCUCGCAUCUCCGCUGUCUGGAAAGGCCGCGCAGGACAGGACUGGGUUGACUUCGGCCUGUCGGAGCCUCACAUAGUGCUUUUCCACGAGCCGGGCAGCUCUGCCGUGUGGGUGGGUGGACGUGGCAAGGUCUACCUCUUCGACUUCCCUGAGGGCAAGAAUGCCUCCGUGCGCACGGUGAACAUUGGCUCCACGAAGGGAUCCUGCCUGGACAAGCGGGACUGCGAGAACUACAUCACGCUCUUGGAGAGGCAGGGCGAGGGGCUUCUCAUCUGUGGCACCAAUGCCCGGCGCCCCAGCUGCUGGAGACUGGUGAAUGGCACCGUGGAGUCGCUUGGCGAGAGGAGAGGCUACGCCCCCUUCAGCCCAGAUGAGAACUCACUGGUUCUGUUUGACGGGGACGAGGUGUACUCCACAAUCCGGAAGCAGGAGUAUAACGGGAAGAUCCCCCGGUUCCGCCGCAUCCAGGGCGAGAUCGAGCUGUACACCAGUGACACCGUCAUGCAGAACCCGCAGUUCAUCAAGGCUACCAUCGUGCACCAAGACCAAGCCUAUGACGACAAGAUCUACUACUUCUUCCGGGAGGACAAUCCUGACAAGAACCCCGAGGCCCCUCUCAAUGUGUCCCGCGUGGCCCAGCUAUGCAGGGGGGACCAGGGUGGCGAGAGCUCCCUGUCGGUCUCCAAGUGGAACACCUUCCUGAAGGCCAUGCUGGUGUGCAGCGAUGCGUCCACGAACAAGAACUUCAACAGGCUGCAGGACGUCUUUCUGCUCCCUGACCCCAAUGGCCAGUGGAAGGACACUCGAGUUUACGGCGUUUUUUCCAACCCUUGGAACUACUCGGCCGUCUGUGUGUACUCGCUUGGGGACAUUGACAAGGUCUUCCGUACUUCCUCACUCAAGGGCUACCAUGCGAGCCUUCCCAACCCUCGGCCUGGCAAGUGUCUCCCAGACCGGCAGCCCAUCCCCACGGAGACCUUCCAGGUGGCUGACAGUCACCCUGAGGUGGCACAGAGGGUGGAGCCCAUGGGGCCUUCGAAAGCACCACUGUUCCACUCCAAGUACCACUACCAGAAAGUGGUCGUUCACCGCAUGCAGGCCAGCCGUGGGGAGACCUUCCACGUGCUUUACCUAACCACAGACAGGGGCACCAUCCACAAAGUGGUGGAGUCCAGGGACGGGGAACGCAGCCUUGUCUUCAACAUCAUGGAGAUCCAGCCCUUUCACCACCCGGCUGCCAUCCAGGCCAUGUCGCUGGACACCGAGCGGCGGAAGCUGUACGUGAGCUCCCAGUGGGAGGUAAGCCAGGUGCCCCUGGAUCUGUGUGAGGUCUACAGUGGGGGCUGCCACGGCUGCCUCAUGGCCCGAGACCCCUACUGCGGCUGGGACCAGGGCCGCUGUGUCUCCAUCUACAGCUCUCCAGGGCCAGUGUUGCAGUCCAUUAAUCCAGACGAGCCACACACAGAGUGCCCCAACCCCAAACCAGAUAGUGCCCCACUGCAGAAGGUUUCCCUUGCUCCGAACUCUCGUUACUACCUGAGCUGCCCCGUGGAGUCCCGUCAUGCCACCUACUCGUGGCGCCACGAGCAGAACGUGGAGCAGAGCUGCGAGCCGGGCCACCAGAGCCCCAACUGCAUCCUGUUCAUCGAGAACCUCACAGCCCGCCAGUACGGCCACUACCGCUGCGAGGCCCAGGAGGGCUCCUACUUCCGGGAGGCUCAGCACUGGGAGCUGCUGCCUGAGGAUGGCGCCACAGCCGAGCACUUGCUGGGCUGUGCCAGGGCCCUGGCCACCUCCCUCUGGCUGGGUGUCCUGCCCACACUCGCUCUUGGCCUGCUGGUCCACUAGGGCCUCCUGGGGCUGGGCAUGGUGCAGGUUCCUGCAGCCUCGGGGGCCCCAGAAGAGUCUCCCAUCCAGAGCCGGCCGGGUCCGGCGAGCUCCUGGCCUGCUACUUCUUUCCAGGGAGACUGUGUAACCCGAUGAAGGACACCAGGCCUGGAGAUGGCCAGCCGCAGGCGGCUGCUGGGCCCACGUGGGGGCACGGGGUCUGGGGGCCAUGGAAGGAAGGCGCUGUUGUGAAGCUGGGGCAUUGAGGACUUCAGACUUUAUCUUCUGGAGAAUACUUUUCGAACACCCCCUCCUCAAACUCGACUAAAUGCAGUGAUGUCCCCAGCCCAAGAGCCCGUGGGCCAGAGAACGGGGUUUGGAGAGGGAAGCUGGGACCCCGGCUUUGGACCUUGGGGCUGAGGCCUGAGUCCUUCCGGACUCUCCAUAUCCCGACUGCCCCCGCCUCCUCCCUCCUCCUGCUGUGGCCGGGGGUGGCUGCUGUUCCCGCAGGCCCAGGGCUACCUUCUGCGGCUCCCUCACCAGCCCUGGGUCCCACCAGGCAGCGGCCUUGCAUGUUUAUUGAAGGAUGUUUGCUUUCCGGACGGAAGGACGGAAAAAGUUCUAUUUUUAUGUUAGGCUUAUUUCAUGUAUAGCUAAUUCUGACUGCAUCUGUAUGAAAAUACCAAAACUACAUGCUGGGGGUGGGGUGGGACAGGGAGGGACUGGGGAAGACAUGGGCUGGGGUGGGGGGUCCCAGUCUGAGGCUCCGGGGACGGGAUAAGAGUCUAGGGACAGGCAUGGGUUCGUGGAGAGUGGCAUGAGCUGGCUCUGCCCUGGGAUCCCAGUCUGAGGGGAAUAUGGUCCCAGUCCCCCGGUUUGAGGGGCAGUUCGGGGGGGGGGGGGCGGGUAGGGUGAGGGAGACAGGGGAGAACAAAGGAGAAACUGAGCCCUAGGUUCACCACAUUCAUAUAGAAGGAGGAGCCGGGUCCUCAGGGGGAGGUUCCAGGACUCUGCCCUUGGCAUUGGGGGUUGGGGGGCGGGGGGGUCCCUUCCCUGCCCCUCAGCCCCCUUCCGCAGGGGCUGUGCUUCCAUGCUCCUAGUCUCCCACCUUCAGCUCAGGACAUGUUAUAACUUAGGCUAAACUGUGAAUUCCGGUGGGGACAGCCUGGGCCAAGCUCUCUAGGUGCGUGGCUCUGCCCCCAGCCCUGUCCAUGGAUUUCAGCAGAGAGCCGGGCCCUUCUCUGGCUGUGUCUAGCCAGCUCAGGGCAGGGCCUGGGGCUGGUGGCCUUCCAGCUUUGGCCCCUGCAUCUCUUCUCAAUGCACUUUAAUAAUGUAACAUAUUACUAAUAAACAGACUAUUUAUUUA